ACCGAGUAUAAAAACAAGGGUCCAAGCUCAUUUGGAGGAAAGGGACCACUAAAUUUGAACUCCAUUAAACAUUUGUCUACAACAAGACCAGGGUAUCAGGUGUCAGGGAUAUGGACUGCACAGCCAAGAAAGUUCAGCUGCUGUUUCUCGUGGUGCUGCUAGUGCACGUGGCGCGUGAAGCCGAGGGCGUGGCCACCUGCUGCGCGCGAGGUUCCAGAUCGUGCAAACUGUACGAGCUGCUGUGCCGCCCCGGUCGCAGGAACGACACGUACAUGGUGGGUCACAUCGGACGCUUCAAUAACGAUGCCGCGGCCGGGAUUCUCACGCUUGGAAAACGCAAGGUGGGCGAGCGACGCGUUCAAGACCGCCUGCAGCAACUCCUGCACGGCUCGCGAAAUCAAGCGGCGGGAAUCCUGACGAUGGGAAAAAGGUACGAGGACGACGGGCACAGAGAGACCACGAGCUCUCCCAUGAGUCUCGGCCUCGAGCGCCCGCUGAAGUAUCUGAUGCCCACGGUACGAGAAGAGACUGUUUAUGCGGACGCUUAUGAAAAACGAUGACAGUUGUGGCGUUUAUAAAUAAAAAUGACCUGUGUCAGUGUGUUUUGUAAAAUUGACAUGCGCUUUCUCAUUAAUAAAUCGACAACAAAAAGUAAACAAAAUUGAA